ACGAGUAUUUGGAAACGAUUUCGAAAACGCAAGAAGCAGAUCAAGCCCGGCAAAGAAUCAGACCGACCUAGCACUCCAAGGCUGGAAGAAUUAUCAUCGCCAGUGGCAAGUGCUACAGUAACUUCAUUUGGCCAGAGUGAAAUGUGGCGUACAGCAGGCCUAGGAAGAGAGUACCGCAUGCAGCUGCAGCCUUACCAACGUGACAGGCCUGUGGCAAUUCCCCAACAACCCACUAGCGAAAAUUAUCGUCUGACGAGAGAGAAUGAGUUGAAGAGGGAAUUGCAACAAAAACAUGACGAAUGUUUAAGUCUUAGAGCAGACAUUGCAAGGGUUAAAGCAGACCUUACAAGUGUUACAGUAGACCUGAGACGAAAAGAGCGAGAGACAGAAGACUGGAAGAAGCAAGUUGAGAGACAUCAAAACGCAGAAAGAGACAUUCGUGAUGAACGCCACAAACUACUUCAAAAGGAAAGUAAGCUGUGGGUAUGGCAUCGUAAACUGCAAGGAGAACAAAAUGCAGUAGGGGAUGCAGCACAAAAACUGCUACAGUCGGGUAAAUACAUUAAUCAGCUCGAAUACAAGAACCGCAUUUUACAGAAUGACUUUGAUGAGGCAUCUUCACUCAUCGAUGCUCUGAAGGAGGAAUUACAAGACAAAGAAUACGGGUUAAGAAAUAUGAUAAUGGAAAAAGAAACAGAACUAAGGCAUGCAAGAGAAGAUUUAGACGAAGAGAGGAACAACAAAGUGGGACCAAGACAUAAUCAGGGGGAAGAAAGUGAGGAAGAACUAAGCCGGCUACAGUCUGAGAAAGACAUGCUGGAACAGAAAUUGCAGGAAGCAACUAGGGAGUUGCAAUUGAGAGACAUUCAUGCCCAACGAACAUUGCAGGAUAAAAACGAAGAAAUCGCUCAACUGAAACACGAACUGAAUACAUCAAAAGAAUUGCUGCGAAGAAAGUCAGAGAGAGCUAGUAAAACGGAGUAUGAACUAAGGCAGUGCGAAGAGGAAAGGGACAAUGAAGCAAAACGAGCAUUUAAAGAUAUAAGCUGUCUAACUGACAAAAACGAAGUCCUGCAACAUAAACUUUCCGCGACAGAAGAAUGCUUGGAACAGAUGAGAAAUGACACAAAGCAGACAAAAGAAAGAGAACUUCAUGACUUAAGGGAAGCUUUUAAAACAGAAAAUCAACAGUUGCGGACUCAGGCUGCUGCCGAGAUAGAAAGACUUAAGACCGAGUAUCACUUUCUUAAGGCCGACAGGGACACCUUUAAAACCGAGAGAGAUUCUCUUAAAGCCGAGAAAAACUUCCUUGAGACCAAGAUAGACUCCCUUAGGGACGAGAGAGACUCCCUUCAGCGACAGUACACCGAAGCCAAAGCAGUCGCCGAGAACUUUCAGUACAGGCUGUCGAAGGAGUUCAGCAUACGGCUUGCCUCUGACGAGACCAACAUGGAGAACAUAUCAGUGAAGCAUCGACCGGCAAAAAUCGCCGAGAAAUUCGCCCAGAUCGAGAGCAAAGAAUGGGUGGAAGCAAAGGAAAUCCUUGAUGACUCAUAUGACGACGAAAAGACAAGCAUCUGUCUUUUACUCAAUAUGCUCAAGUUUGCCUGCAAAAGUGCACAAGAAGUCUUCGACGGAUUCCUCAGUUCGGAGGCGUGUCGUCUGUACAGCCCUAUAGCUGCAAUAACGAAGACCAUGCUCGAGGAUCAGGCCAUGUUGAUUUGA